AUGCUACCUCCAAAAUCCGUCCAUACGUGGACGCAAUUAGAGAGGUUGUUCCAUGAACAGUUCUACAUGGGACAAUCAAAAAUAAGUUUCAAAAAACUUUCCAGUGUCAAACGAAAGGCUGCUGAGUCAGUCGAUCAAUAUCUCAACAGGUUUAGACUUUUAAAAGCUAGAUGCUUUACUCAAGUCCCCGAGCACGAAAUAGUCGAAAUAGCCACAAGUGGUCUAGACUAUUCUAUCAGAAAGAAAUACCAUAAGAAAGAUAAAGUGUCUUAUAUAUCAGUUGAUGAAUACUCUUCUUAUGAUGAAGAUCUUGUCGACGAAAGCAAGGUCAACGUGGCUGAGCUCAAGCCAGGACCUCCUUACACGUGUAAAUUGUUGAAACCAUCAAACAGGAAAAGUCUCAUUGAAACAGAGAAAGCAGAUAAAUAUGUUUCUAAAACUUACACCUUCGAUGUGUCUAAAUGUGACGAGAUAUUUGAUUUGUUAGUUAAAGAUGGUAAAAUUAUUAUUCCUCAGGGUUUAAAGGAUCCCCCUUUAGAUCAGGAAAAGAAAAGGGGAUUAUGUAAGUUUCAUAACUUUCUUGGUCAUAAAACAUCUCAAUGUGUUAUUUUCAGGGAUUUGGUGCAGAAAGUUUUGAAAUAG